CACCAUGGCGCACGUCCGGCGGUUGUGGCUGUCGGGCUGCGUGGCCCUGGCCGCCCUGCUCAGCUUCGGCCACUGCCAGCAUGUGUUCCUGGCCCCCCAGCAGGCGCUGGCGCUGCUGUCGCGGGUGCGCAGGGCCAACAGCGGCCUCCUGGAGGAGAUGCGCCGGGGGAACCUGGAGCGCGAGUGUCUGGAGGAGGUGUGCAACUACGAGGAGGCCUUCGAGGCCAUCGAGUCCGUCCAGGCCACGGAUGCAUUCUGGGCCAAGUACACGCUUUGUGACUCGGUGAAGACAAGUCGGGAUAGGCUCAGCGAAUGUCUGGAAGGCAACUGCGCUGAGGGACUGGGGACCAACUACCGAGGGAACAUGAGCAUCACCCGCUCGGGCACCGAGUGCCAGCUCUGGAGGAGCCGUUACCCGCAUAAGCCUGAAAUCAACGCCACCACCCACCCCUGGGCCGACCUGCAGGAGAAUUUCUGCCGCAACCCAGACAGCAGCACCACCGGGCCCUGGUGCUACACCACGAACCCCACGGUGCGGAGGGAGGAGUGCAGCGUGCCCGUGUGUGGCCAGAAGGGGGUCCCGCAGACGGAGGCCCCUCAGAAACCAGUCCUCCGCACCAGUAGUUCGUCCUCCCCCUCCACGUGUGUGCCGGAGCGCGGCCGCUUCUACCAGGGCCGCCUGGCGGUGACGAUGAGCGGGAGCCCCUGCCUGCCCUGGGCCAGCGGCCAGGCCCAGACCCUGAGCAAGGACAAGGACUUCCGGCCCGAGGUGCCGCUGCUGGAGAACUUCUGCCGCAACCCUGACGGGGACCAGGAGGGCGCGUGGUGCUACGUGGCCAGGGGCCCGGGUGACUUCGAGUACUGUGACCUCAACUACUGUGAGGAGCCCCUGGAGGAGGAGGAGGGGGGCGACAUGCUGGACUCGGACCUGGAAACAGCCAUCGAGGGGCGCACGGUGUCCGAUGAUUUUCAGCCGUUCUUCGAUGAGAAGACGUUCGGCCAUGGGGAGACAGACUGCGGGCUGCGGCCUCUGUUUGAGAAGAGGCAGCUGGAGGACGAGUCGGAGCAGGAGCUCCUGGAGUCUUACAUCCAAGGGCGCAUCGUGGGGGGUCAGGAAGCCGAGGUCGGCCUGGCGCCCUGGCAGGUGAUGCUGUUCCGGAAGAGUCCCCAGGAGCUGCUGUGUGGGGCCAGCCUCCUCAGUGACCGAUGGGUCCUCACAGCUGCCCACUGCCUGCUAUACCCCCCUUGGGACAAGAACUUCACCGCCAGUGACCUGCUGGUGCGCAUUGGCAAGCACUCACGCACCAAGUACGAGCGGAACAUCGAGAAGAUCUCCAUGGUGGAAAGGAUCAUCAUCCACCCCCGGUACACCUGGCGGGAGACCCUGGACCGCGACAUUGCGCUGCUGAAGCUCAGGAAGCCCAUCACCUUCAGUGACUACAUCAUCCCCGUGUGCCUGCCAGACAAGCAGACGGCCAACCGACUGCUCCAGGCUGGCUACAAAGGGCGGGUGACCGGCUGGGGCAACCUGAGGGAGACCUGGACCUCCAACUCCGAGGGGUUGCUGCCCAGCGCCCUGCAGGUGGUCAACCUGCCCAUCGUGGACCGGCAGACCUGCAAGGACUCCACUCGGAUCCGGGUCACCGACAACAUGUUCUGUGCUGGCUAUAAGCCACAUGAAGGAAUGAGAGGGGAUUCUUGUGAAGGUGACAGUGGGGGCCCCUUUGUCAUGAAGAGUCCCUAUAAUAAUCGCUGGUACCAAAUGGGCAUUGUUUCGUGGGGUGAAGGCUGUGACAGGGACGGAAAAUACGGCUUCUACACACAUGUGUUCCGCCUGAAGAAGUGGAUGCAGAAGGUUAUUGAUCGGUACGGUUAGGGGCCACUCCAUGCUAAUCCCUGACUCCAGAACCACAAGAAACCAACCAAGUCAAAGAAUUAUUUUUGUUGUGGUUCUAAAACUAUGAAAGGAAAUAAAAGGAACACUAUCAA